AUGACCCUAUCCUCCCCUGCUGCAGAAAUGCCUGGAAGUCAGUACCAAGUGCCAAGCGCCAAAAUCCACCACAGUCAGUACAGUCUGACAGACAGCUCUGAUUUCGGCCCAGAGGAUGAGGAUGCUAAUGGCCAGCCACGCCUCACACCCCUGCAGAAGCUCACCACUGACCUCUGCAAGGAUGAGAAGACCAUCAAGGAGCUUAUUAUUGGCCGCAGGGUGGGCUUCUACAAAGUCCGAGGGGAGAUUGGGAGCGGGACCUUCUCCAGGGUCAAAAUGGCUUUCAAUGCUCUGACCAAAGACAAAGUAGCCAUAAAGAUCCUGGACAAGACCAGGCUGGACCACCAGGCCCAGCGUCUGCUCUCCAGGGAGAUCAGCAGCAUGGAGGCCCUCCAGCACCCCAACGUUGUCCGUUUGUACGAGGUGGUGGACACGCCGAGCCGCCUCUACCUGGUGCUGGAGUAUGCAGGAGGAGGAGACCUCCACAACAGGAUCUGCAAUGAGGGAAAACUGUCAGACAACAGCUGCAAGAUCACCUUUGCCCAGAUCCUGUCUGCCAUCAAAUACAUGCACAACAUCAACAUCAUUCAUAGGGACCUGAAGGCUGAGAACGUUCUGUUCACCUGCACUGGCUGUGUGAAGGUUGGAGACUUUGGAUUCAGCACGAGGGUUUCAAAUCGCAACGACACCCUGGACACCUUCUGUGGCUCCCCACCGUACGCCGCCCCCGAGCUCUUCAGGGACGAGUACUACCUAGGCCCUCAGGUAGACGUAUGGGCCAUGGGGGUCCUGCUUUUCUUCAUGGUGACUGGCACUAUGCCCUUCCGUGCUGAGACCAUGGGGAAGCUACGCCGCUGCAUCAUUGAAGGCAUCUACAUCAUCCCCCCCUGGGUGCCGGGCCCCUGCCAGAGGCUCAUCAAAGGCAUCUUGAAGCCAGUCCCUGCCGAGCGCUACGCCAUUGACCAGAUGCUGGGCUGUGAUUGGCUCUUACCUGUGGAGUUUCCCUGGUCCUUAGUGCCUCCUGAGCCUGUGAGCCCCUUGCAGAGCUUGCUGGAUCUGGAUCGAGGAGAUCUAGAGGAGGAGGUGGAGGAGGAGGUCAGGGGCAUGAUGGAGGAGCUGGGCUUCACCCCAGAGCACCUGGAGAACAAUCUGGUCAAGGACAGCCGCAGCCCGCUCACUGGCGUUUAUCGAAUCCUGCUGCACCGGGCCCAGAAGAGGAGGGGCUGUGACACUCCCCCUGUGGUCAGAGGGAUGGUCAGGGACCCCAAGAGGGAGGGGCUCCGGGCCUACAGGGGCCUCAGACACACCUCCAAAUUCUGUGUGAUAUCAUAA